UACAAACAAGUAGCGUUCAUACCGCCCCGUUCUGGAUCCUCGUUCGUCCGUAGCAGCACCAGCCGAACAGCCGAUCCUCAUCCCCGCUUGUCACCGAAUCUAUCGGGAUACUACUGAAGAAGUAGAGUUUAGUUUUCUUUUAGAAAUAAUCUAUAAAUGGGAUAUUUUACCCCAAACUGUCUCACAGCGUACUGAAAAGACGACGAAGACGAGUGAAGCGCCUGCAGAAGAAGCUUUCGGGAUUAUUGUUGUUUUCACUCAGAAAAUGAGUACCGGGGGAAACUCCUGAACCAGCGCUGGACGCGAGGAGACAAGAUCAGCCGCUGCCGGCCCUCCCUCAGACUGCAGAGCCGACCAAUCAAAAUGAGUUUGGAUACUGAUGACAAGCGCACUCGCACGCGGUCCAAAGCAGGAAGAGUUCCCUCUGAGAUUGUUGGACAGGAGCUGAGUGCUCUGAGUUGCCCAUUGGCCAGGAAAAGGCGUCUACAGGAAGCAGAGUCAGAGCAACCCUCCUCCAAGAGGAAGUCUCAUCCGCUGAAGCUGGCCAUGGAUGAAGGUUUCAAUGCAGAGAGUGAAGGAAGCGGAGAGGAAACUGAGUUAAGGGAGGAAGAGGAGGAGGAGGAUGAAGAAUGUACACAGCAGAAGCUUGAAGAUCAAGAGGAAGAGCAGCAAGCAAAGCAGAACACAGAGAGCACCAAUACAGAGGAAGAGGGUGAUGAGGAGGAGUGUAUCAUCAUUGAGUCAUCCAGCACAGAAAAGCCCAAGCCUUCACCUUCUGAGGAUCUCUCCAACUAUCAGCACAUAGUGGCCAACUCAAUGACACACCUCAACAACCACAACAAUGGUGCCAUGUCACCCCAACAACCGCCUGUCAUCAUGGAAACACAAGAAAAAAGUCCUUUUAGAGAAACAGAGGAAGAGAAAUAUGAAACAGAGGAAACAAGAAGCCAAGUAAGAGUUGUGGUUUGUAAAGAGAAUGGAGUGAAGCUGGAAGAAGAAGAAGAAGAAGAGGAUAGUGAGAGCCAGAAAGAGUCAGACCACCAGUAUUUCACUGAGGAGAUGCAGACACAACAGGAUGAUGAAGAAGAAGAAGAUGAUGAUGAUGAUGAGGGGUUGAGGUCUGAGAUGCAAAAAGAGGAGACGUACCACAAGGAGUUUAAUGAAAUUAAGUGCGAAGAAGAGGAAGAAGAGGAGAGAGAAACCGUCCGUUCGGUUAUCACUGCCACUCAGGGAUCCCACAUAAGGGAAGAUUAUAUUUCCCACAAACUCGCAUUGCCACAAAGCUACAGCUCCAAUAAGGCCUCCACAGCAUCAGCUAUGCUUAUUGAUGUCCAGUCUGAGGGGUCGGAGAGGGACGCUGAUGUGGAUGUUGAUGAUGAUGAUGAUGAUGAUGAUGAUGGGGAUGACGACAGCUUGUCUCAACGAUCAACGGUGGCAGAUGAGUCUGAGAUGUUCGACAUCAUGCGGGGGAACCUGGGGUUGCUGGAGCAGGCCAUUGCUUUAAAAGCUCAACAGGUUAAAGCUCACCGUGAGCUCAGUCGCAUUCCUGAACACCACCGUUUCUUUGCUCUCGACGACCGGGCCGGCAAACACAUGGAACAUAUCCGCAAGAGCUGCUUCGGAAAAGAGAGUUCUAGAUCAGAGAAGCGAGAGAUCAAAUGCCCAACCCCUGGGUGUGAUGGAACGGGUCACGUGACCGGACUCUAUCCCCACCACCGCAGUCUGUCAGGCUGCCCACACAAAGAUCGGAUCCCUCCUGAGAUUUUGGCCAUGCAUGAAAAUGUCUUGAAGUGCCCAACGCCGGGAUGCACUGGUCAGGGUCAUGUCAACAGCAACCGCAACACACACCGCAGUUUGUCCGGAUGUCCCAUCGCUGCUGCUGAAAAGCUCUCAAAGGGCCAUGACAAGCAACAUCUGCCCCAGCCCAUGGGCGAGCACAUCAAGGGCAGCCCAAACUCUGACCGUGUACUCAGGCCCAUGUGUUUUGUGAAGCAGUUGGAGAUUCCGCCGCAUGGCAGCUACAGGCCCAGCCUCGUCCCCGCCACGCCACGCGCUAAUCUGGCCAAGGAGCUGGAGAAGUACUCCAAGGUGUCCUUCGAUUAUGCAAGCUUCGACGUGCAGGUGUUCGGCAAGCGCAUGCUCGCCCCAAAGAUGCACACCAGCGAAACUUCACCCAAAGCCUUCAAAUCCAAACCUCCAUUCCCCAGAGUCUCCCCCCCAAGUCCCAGCCUGCACGGUGUUUAUGGAAAAAGCUCCUCCAGUGGCUAUGAUUAUUCUCAUGAUGCCGAAGCUGCCCACAUGGCUGCCACUGCGAUCCUUAACCUGUCCACACGCUGCUGGGAGAGACCAGAGAACCUCAGCAUCAGACACCAAGAUAAGAGUAUGGAAAUUGAGGUUGAUGAGAAUGGCACCUUGGAUUUAAGCAUGAAAAAGCCUAUAAAGAGAGAAGUGGGCAUGUCAUGCACCAGCCCUGAAGUGCGUUCCCCCGAUCUGUCUUCAUCAUCUUCGUCAUCAUCCACAUCUCUUCACCAUGGCAACAGCAGCAUCUCGCCUCAUUCUUUGCACACCUAUAAACAAGAGGAAUGGGAGGGGCCUUUGGACUACACUAAACCCAAUCGGCAGAGAGAGGAGGAGCUAGAAGAGAUGGACCACAGUGCUCCGUCUUUUGCCUCCUCUGACCCUGAAGACUGCGACAUGAUGCAAGAUGGCCUGGAGGACAGGAAGUACCCUGGAGAGGUCACAACCCCCAGCUUUAAGGUCAGGUUCCAGCCCAAGGACAACAAGAAAGACCUCCUAAUGUGUCCCACCCCGGGCUGUGACGGCAGCGGACAUAUUACCGGAAACUAUGCAUCCCAUCGCAGCCUGUCUGGGUGUCCUCUUGCUGAUAAGAGUCUUCGGUCCCUCAUGGCAGCACACACAGCUGAACUCAAAUGUCCAACUCCAGGAUGUGAUGGUUCAGGUCAUAUCACUGGCAACUACUCGUCUCACAGAAGUUUGUCUGGGUGUCCACGGGCCAAGAAAGGUGGAAUAAAAACAACUCCAAUCAAGGACGACAAGGAGGACUCCGAGCUCUUAAAAUGCCCAGUGCCAGGUUGUGACAGCCUGGGCCACAUCAGUGGAAAGUAUGCUACUCACCGCAGUGCAUAUGGAUGCCCGCUGGCUGCCAGGCGGCAGAAGGAAGGUUUGUUGAAUGGCUCUCCAUUCUCUUGGAAGGCGUUUAAGACAGAAGGCCCCACCUGUCCCACACCGGGAUGUGAUGGAUCGGGACAUGCCAACGGCAGCUUCCUCACCCAUCGCAGUCUCUCUGGCUGCCCCAGAGCCUCCCUCAACAAGAAGAAAGCCAAGUUCCCUGGAGAAGAGUAUCUCAGCACUAAGUUCAGAGCCAGUGACGUGUUAGACAAUGAUGAAGAUAUCAAGCAACUCAACAAAGAAAUAAAUGAGCUCAAUGAAUCCAACAAUGAGAUGGAGGCUGAUAUGGUGAAUCUUCAAACACAGAUCACAUCCAUGGAGAAGAACCUGAAGAACAUAGAGCAGGAGAAUAAGAUGAUUGAAGAACAGAAUGAGGCAUUGUUUAUGGAGCUUUCUGGACUCAGUCAAGCUCUGAUACGAAGCCUGGCCAACAUCCGCCUGCCUCACAUGGAGCCAAUCACAGAGCAGAAUUUCGAGAGCUACGUGAGCACCCUGACUGACAUGUACACCAAUAAGGACUGCUACCAGAAUCCAGAGAACAAGGCCCUUCUGGAGACCAUCAACAAGGCGGUGAAAGGCAUCAAGGUCUGACUAAGCCAAAAGACAAGGAUGAGGAACAGAAGUGUGGAAGAGAAAUAGAAACAUGAAGCCGUGGGAAGAGAUACAAAAGACACACAAUAAGGGCAUUCAGGUUUUUUUUGAACAACAAUCGAAACCUUCAUCCCAGGGAGCAUUCUGUGAGUUCAAAAAGAGGUAUAUAAUAUAUAUUACUAUAAGGACCAAAAUCCACAAAAGCUGCUGGAUUGAAAGGUCAGGAUGGAACCAAAUCCUUAAUUUACAAAGAAGAGGAGAGUCGCAAACCUAGUUUUCUUUACAGUUUCUGUUGGUUUUAUAUUCAAAUGGUGAAAUGUUUUGGAAGAAGAAGAAGCUUGGAGUGGAACUUCCAGAAGAUGUGCAGCCCUGGCUUUAGGUGAAAGAGAGUGAGGACGCUCCGAAACAACACGUGAUGCUCCAAAUACAAGUGAUCCCUACGUGAGCCCUGGAAGAACAGACAUAUGCAGUAUUUUCUCAUCUCUCCCCGAAGAAAAUGAAAGAGUUUUUGAGUCGUGGGGAAAGAGAGGAUGUUGUACUAGCAUACAAAGUGAGCGAAAUGCGUGUGCAACUUUAUCAGUGCCAUGCGGUUGACUCUGUAAAUUUCACCUGUUGAAACACUAGUUUAUCUGUUGGUUGGUUUUCUUUUAGAGCUUCACACAGGAGCAUUAGCUCACUCUCCCUCAUUUGUAGUAGUUACACUGUAGGUAUAUUUACCCAGCAUAGUCAUAUCUAUUACAUAUGAACAAUGAGUUGCACUUCAUUUCAGUCCAUUCAACAUCAGACAAGAUGUUGGUUUGUCACUGAUCUAUUAAUUAUAGGAAAAUGUCCAGACGCUACUGUAAUUUAUUUAUAUUUUGCUAUAAUUUAAUCUUAACUGUAUUAUUUAUUUGAAUUCAGCUAUUUGAAGAUUUAAAACCCUUUUUUGUUUAUUCAAAUGUCACAAGAAACUUGCCACAUCGAUAUUUGGAAAGAGUGAAAACAAAGUAUACCACUAAUUUUUAUAAAUUCUUUUCUUUUAAAGAUAGAGUUUUUAAACAUUUUUAAGUGCAAAUAUUUUUAACCAACAAUGUUUUGAUAAUUUUGUACAUUUUCGUUCUCUUUCUCUCUACCUGUACUCUGUCUCUAGCAGUUUCGUUGAAUUUAUUUAUUGGUUUUGAAUUUCAAACACAGCUGAAGGAGAAAUAUCAUCUCUAUUUAUUAUUUAUUUAAUAUUUAUGACAAAAUUAUGAACUGUGAUACGGUUGUAAUGUAUAUUUAUUUUGUAACGUCUCUGUGUGUUUGUGAAGUCUUAGUAGUCUUGAAGAAGAACCUUUGGAGAUAUAAAAAUAAAGACAAAAAAACAUGUUUUGGACUACAGAAUAAAAUAUUAUCGAGGGUUUUCCUUAUACCAGCAUUACUUCCAAUAGGAAUGUAAAGAGAAAAGAAAGCAAUUCCAGUACUGUGGAAACCUACAGCUUUGACUCUUGCCCCGUCUGUCUCGACAGGAAGAAGACGUUCCUCUGGAUUUCUUGUGCUUGUUUUUUUUGUUUUUUAUACCUCCUCAAGCUCAGUAGUGGCCAAAAACUGUUCCCCUGAACAAUCCUAAUGAAUUGCAAAUGGAUUAUUUUUGCUUUCUUGCUAAUCCUAUCUUUAUUGGACAAUGGGAAUUGGGCGGGCGGGCGUUAUUGCAGCGCGGGCACAGGAGACGAAUACCAACCAUCCUAACGAAAACUCUUAAACCACAAUGUCCUUACUCAACUAGUAUCAAACAAGCAUACACCCGUGUAGCCUUAUACUAGAUUUUUAUUUCUUCGAUGCACAAAGUGCCACUGACCUGUGCUUUCGUUACCAACUCCGCCCAUUCAGCAACCACACUACCCUCGGGUCAUGUGACCGGGAAAUAAGUGGGGAUUGUUACAGAUGCCUUUAUUCCUUUGCCGUAAUGGCCAUACCUACACAAUAUAUUCAUUCUGUAUUUAAAAAGAAAAAAGAAGACAAAAAACUAUAUAUAGUAUAUAAACAUACAUAUAUUUUUACAGUGUAAUUGUUAACUCUUUUUCUCUAAUAAUAGCUAAACAGAAACAAUAUCUUUCCAAAAGCUGUGAGUACUACUAUCCAUAGAAGAAUAAAAAAUAUAAAAAAGACAGACCCAGUUUACUGUGGUUGCAAUGUGUUUUAUAAUAUGUAAACGUACAUUUCUAAAGCAAAGAUUACGAGGGUGUUUGUAGAGUUUUUUCCUAUUUUCUGGUCCAAACUCACUGGGCCUCUGUGUGUAUGUCAGCCGCAUUAAUGGGACAAUGGUUAGCAGAUUAGUCUUAGGCUGUAAUCGUUUAGACACAUUGUAGUGUGCUGAAAGUUCUCCUCGGUGGAUCUGUCUGUAGUGUUGUACGGUGUUGUGCAGUUCUAGUGGGACACGCCAACCCGAUCUCACAGGAAAAUGUAACUAUUUGCCGAAUUAGUGACUAAUUUGGACAAGAUCAUUUGUCGAGGAUUUUUUAGAAAAAGUAAACAUAUCACUGAACAAACUAGACACUAAUCCACAAGAACACGAAUAGUUAUGAUAUGAGAUUGUGUUGGACACGCCACACUGAUGAUACGUGUGUAAAAUGCCAAUCAUCGCAAUGACAUCUGUAUGACUCAUAAUAGCGAGUUGUGAAAUGAACAUUGUGCCUCUAUUCAGCCGGUCAUUUCGUUAAAUAGUACACAGCGGUCAUGUUGUUCAUUUGCUAUUAUGGCAGCAAUAUUGUGAUGGACAGAACAUUUGUGCACUUUUCAAAAAUCUUGAAUGCCAACUAAUGACCUUUCAACUAAAAGGUUUUUCUUCAUGUGCGAGCAAGUGAGUGUGUGUAUGGGUGAGUGUUAGCGGAAAUUUUUUUUUGGAGAUUUUGAAAAAAGAGGUACUAUUCAUUGCACCAACAGCAUUGGGAUAAAAUAUCGCAAAUGUCUUUGACUUGUUUGUUGUUGUUUAAUGUGAAUCUGUAUCCUGUCUGAAAUGUCGAAUGCCCUUUGACUGAAGUUAUUCUGACAUGUUUUUGCCUUGUCACUGAUAUGAAAGCCCUUAUACGUUCAAAAUAUCAGCUCUGUUUGCUGUUGGCUACAAGCCCUUCGUUAAAACUGGGGAAAAAAACAACGAUGUGAAAUGUGUCUGAGCGUUUGCACCUGAGAUUGUCAUUGGCGUGCCCUCACACACAGAGAAAUGAAGGAGACGCUAGUUGCAUAAAUCUUUGUCCAUUUCCACAGAAUGUCAGAUCCUCUGCCGGCCACAUUCCCCUCGUUCUGUGUAACCUUUCCGCAGGAAAGAUGUGUGCGUUGCAUUUCAAUACCACAGCAUUUGGUUUUGCUUUAAGAGGACCUUGUCUAUCUGUAACGGCAGAAUUUUCAUUAGAGUUCUUCCUUCUAUUAAAUUGUGUAGAGGGAACACUCACUACAGAUGUCAUAUUGUCUUAUUACGAUGGGAGAAACAUUUCUAUCUGCUUAUUACUACUGACAUGAGAUAGCCUAAAGCAUGUGUGAAUUAUUCUUCCUCGGUGCAUGCUUCUUAAACGCCUGCUGUCGGUGAUGAUGAGCAGCUAUGAAUGUUGCGCGGUGAAGUUGAGGAGUGAAUCUGCCUAAUAAUGUAGCAUGUUCUCUGAAGCAGUGUAGCAUCUGCAAAUGCAAGUUAGUAUAUGUACCCCUCCCCCCACCCGUGGAACCAAAUAAGUGUUUGUACCUGUAGGGUAACCGACUGAUUUAGCACCUUGUACUUGAGAGUCCGGCCUUUCCGAGGUGUGUGCCAACUGUAGGUCAACUAAAAUGGGUUCCUAUGUCAUUCCAUGAGAAACGAUAACAGCUAAAAAGUCGCCACUGUUUGUCCCAUUAAGCUGAUAAAACCAAAACGGCCCUCAUUCUGUAGGUACUGUAGCUUACAGCUCUGUGGUUUUCUCAUGUGUGCCUUUUCUCGCUUCUGUUCGCUGCAGGAAAGGGUGUGUUUACAUUUAAGGACUGGGUUCAAAUCCCACUCAGGACGCCAACUUUUUUCUCCUUUCUGUCUUUCCUUCCUUGUUCUUUGGGGAGGAGAGCUCAUAGAAAUUCAGCAAAGUGGUGAACACCAAGAACAGAUUGAAUUCGAUAUUCAGCGAAUCGUUUCGAAAUGAAAUAAAUCACUAAUGUAACACUAUUCUUCCCAAAACUGUGAUUCUGAUUCAGGUAUGAAAUUGUGUGGUGGGUCAUUUCAUCCAGUCUGAAAUAAUCAUGGGAUGUAUCACAGAUGAAGCGUUUAUGCACAGGGCAUUAUUCUGACAACAAUGGGAUUCUGUACAUUUGUAAUAAAGGACAGUGUUGUUGUAUUAAAGAAUAUUUCCAAGUAAAUAACAAACAAAAAACAAAAAGAAAAAUCUUGUAUUUUAACCCACGGCCAAGGCUUGUCCUCUUGCGUCCUUUUUACAGAGAUCAGCUAUUUUUACUGGUGAUUUUGUAGCCACUAAAUGUUUCUCCUUUAGAAAACGACAAAAAAAAAAGUUGUACUUCCAAAAAAAUAACAACAAUAAUAAGCACUUCCACAGUGAUAGAUACAUAUUUUAGUCACUUUUGUAGCACUGGUAGUUUCCUUGCUGAGGUUUUUAUUUCUGUAGAGCAGGACAAGCUAUGGCUGUGCGUGAUUCGAGGUAACUUUGGAAAUGAAGUGUGUAGUUGGUUUUGGACUGUGACCGUGUUUGUGUAUCCUUGUACCUGUGCUCAUUGGUAUCAGUGUUAAAAGAGAACAAUAAUGUCUGUUUUGUGGAGGUAUCGUUCAUUUCAGUGUUAUAUAUGGAAAACAUAAAUAAAGUCAAUAAUGUGAUCUUUCUGAGUA